AUGUAAAAAAAAGUUAUUAAAAAGUCUUCUACAGUCAAAUAAUUUGAUGCAGCCUCUCCAGCAACUAAAUUAUUAGAGAAGAGAAGAAAGAUGUAUGAGAUACAUGAAGCAUAUGAACAUCAAUAAGAUGAAUAUAAGAAGUAUAUUUUUUUAUUAAGAAUUUUAAAGAUAGGAAGAGGAAUUUAAGAAAUAAGAGGAAUAAAUAAGAGAGAAGGACAAAUCGAUAUAAGAAGAAUUGAUAAAGUUUUGUAAUUUCUUAUAGGAGAAUGAGGCAAAGAAAAAGAGAGCAUUAGUUAGGUUUUAAGAAGAGAAAUCAUAUAAAGAAUAGAAAGAAAAGGAAAUAUAAGAUUUAACUGCAUAAUGGACUGAUUUAUAAAGACAUCAAUAGAGAUUGGAAAAGAAAGGUAAACUAGUUUAAUUCUUAUAUCUUAAGUUACAUCUUUAAAGAAGUAUGAAGAUUAUUUGGAUAGUAUCAUAAAGUAAUAUCCAGAAUAAUAUCAUGAUUUAUAAUCAAUUUUGGAUAGAUAUGCAACAUUAACAAAUUCUAAUUCAAAGUUAGUUGAAGAACAUUAGAAUAUGGAGAAGGAAUUUGAGAAACUUAAAUAUGAAUCAACAUAAUAUGAGAAGGAGAAGAAUCAUGAAAUUCUUUAAUUAAAUAAUGAUAUUAAGGAUUUAUAAAAGAAAUUGGAAGAGAAGGCAUCUGAAAGAAAUCAAAUUUAAAGUGUUUAUGAAGCAACAACUAAUGAUGCUUCAUCAAAAAAUUUAAGUUUGGGUAGAAUAUUAAUGGCUGUUGAUAAUCUAUUUACACGUUGUUAGGAAGGAACUUAGAGAAUGAAGUAGGAUUUUGAAGAGUAUAAGUAGGAUAAACAAAAUAAAGAGAAAGUGAAAGAUAAAAUUACAAAUAAUAAAAUAUAAAAUUAAGACUUAUAAUUUAAUGAUGAAGAUAAUUAUGAAUUAAAAAGUUAAUAAUAAUUCUUUAUUUUAGGUUAAUAAGCUGCUUGGAAAUUAAAAUAAAUAGUAUAAUUUAUGUCAGAUUUCAAAAAGAUAAUAGAUAAUUGUAAAGGUGAAUUGGGUAAAUCGAAAGAAUAAAAAAUUAAAUGA